CGAAGCCCACCGAAUUUGAAACCGAAAACAUUAGCUUAGCUCAGUUUAGCUUAGCGGGCCAAUCAUUAACAUGCUGUCUGUCAAAUCUAUCAAUCUAGCACAAUAAUCCACAAAAACAUGGGGACGUUAGCUGCUGUGUUAUCCGUUUUAACUCUUUUGUGUGCUUCAUGGCAAAGUGCAGACGGAAACAAAGGAUAUUCAUACGCCGAUUGCACCUAUGUGAAAGGAGAUAGUACCCACGAGUAUUAUGGGAGCCGAUGCUUCUGUUACAGCCCUGGUACAGUAAUCAAAUGGAAGGACAUCUGGUCCACCUUCAAGGUAAAUGUGACAAGUGAUGAGGACGUCUUUGUCAUGUUUCCGAUGGAAACCAGAAAAUGCCAUCAUCCGGAUGAUCUUCUCACUGUUACUAACUGCUUUGUUAAACACUACUGGCCAUCCACCAUCCGAAGGGAGAAGUCUUUGGACAUUCCUCUGGUUGAUGAAGAUGUCUGCUUCAUGACUAAAUCGCCUAGAAGCAAUACUCCGUAUACACUACACGUCUCCAACAAAAGGUUAAAUAGUAUGUGCUUCCUGCUUUUUGUGUGUGGGCUGGUGUUGUUUGUCAGAGCAGGAAACAUAUGCAGGAGCUCACUGUUUUUCUACACCACUGGAGUGACUUUGGGAGUCAUCAGCACAUUUGUUUUCCUAAUACUUUUCCUCAGAAACCUUGUACCAACGCGAGGGCUGUUCCUGGUGUUGUUGGGCACUGCCUCUGGUGUGUCCUACAUAGGGAUCCAGAGGGUGAUAAAUGAAUGGGAUGACAUCGUGACUGAGCACUGCGUGGAAUUACUGGUUUAUGUGCUCAUAUCGGGGUUAUUUAGCUUUGCUGUAUGCUAUAAACACGGCCCCAUCACCAACAAACACACCCUCAACUUUAUGACCUGGUGUAUGCAAGCAGUGAGCGUGGUUUUGCUGUACUAUGGGAUCACAUUCCCCCCUGCCUACUACGUAGUGAUCAUGUUACUGUUGUGCUGGAAGAUUCUGCCCUUGUCCUGGAGCCUACUGCACUUGGUCUGGAGACUUCUGCUGUGGAUUUGCAGUGUCAUUUACUCAUUCCUGCGCUUAUUCUGGAGGAAGAAACGACCCAAGGUCAGGCUGCUGACUGAGGAGGAGUACAGAGAGCAGGGAGAGGUCCACACCAGAGCCUCCCUGGAAGAGUUACGGAAGCAGUGUAACAAGCCUGGCUUUCCUGCAUGGGACACUGUGUUGAGGCUCAGAUCACCGCAAAAGUUUGCAGAGUUUCUGCGCAAUGGCAAUCACGUCACUAAAGAGGAGCUUCAGAAUCAUGAGAAUCAGUACAAAAACAUGCUCUUUAACUGCAGCUCCAGUGACACCCAGUCGCACAGAGGAGAAGCAGAGGACAAGAGCGAAGAUGAGCUGGAUUUAAACAGUCCUCCAACCCCAAAUAACGUCCCCAGUCCUGCUGUAUAUGCUCCAGCUGUCUGCCCGUAUCCCCCAGUCAACUACACCCCUCAGCCAGAACCCAUGGAUCCAGAAGAACAGGAUUUCUUUUAAAAUCGUCCUUUUAUCUGUAGGAUGACUGAUUUUAUGUUCAUUUUAAAGAGACUUUUUUUAAAACGCAAAACAUUUUUAUAAGAAAUCAUGACUCUAAGGAACAUUAGUAGGUCCAUAAGGAUUGUAAAAAUAAUCUUUCUUUCUCGUUUGCGUUUAAAUGAUAUCUUUCAGACAGAGUGGGCUGUUAUGUUUUUUUUUUUUUUUUUAUCUAGCAGGAGUUUGUAUUCUUGUAUCCAAGUGAUGCAGAGCUGGGAAUAACACUUUAAAAAAUGAUGCCAUACUCUAUGUUAACAGUGACUGUGCUGCUCUCAGGUAUAUCUGGACAUCAUUGUAAUAGCUAAUACAUUUCUUCAACUGUUGAAGACAGUGAACAAACACAUACAGUCCCACAGCGUUUAUGUAAUUUAAGGAAACGGUGCACUCUAGUGUUGGUUAAAGGAACAGUUAUCAUAUAAGUGCAAAAUGUAUCUAGUUUACUCAUGCUCAUCUUAAUCUCAAACCGCUCCGUCUUCCUUGGAACACAUAGAGGAAGUUUAGCAGGAUCUACAAAUUACUCUUUGUCAUAUAGUUAAACUAAACUAGGGCAUGUAGUUUUCAAAAGUUUCAUAUGAUAGUCAUGUUCAUAUAAUAGCAGAAUGGAUUAUUAUUGAAUAACAACUUAAGUUUAAAUCUAAGUGGCUGUUCAAAUAAAAUUGUGCAUAAACGCAGAAGUAUUGAAAUGUCACUUGAGAUUUCCUAUCAUUUUAUGAGUUCCAAAAAUUAUAAAAAAGGACCAUAAACUUAGUAUGUUAUGUUGCACUAUAUUCCAAGUCUUCAAAAGCCAUAAGGGGAAGUUAAAUUGUUUUAUUUAUUUUUUUAAAGGCGAGAAAAGCUAACUUAAUGAUCAAACACUAAAGAACUAGUUUUUACUGGCAAAAUGUUUGUAUUCCCCUGAGAAACUGUUUUGGGGAGUAUACAAAGGUUUUGAAAAGGAGCACAUUAGUUUUGUGAAGGACUGCAAAUUGUCUCGGGUGAGCUCAAAACUUGCGAGAGGAUGCAAAAGCACUAAAUGUUGUUUUUGUUUUUUUUCACUUGAUCUUUUUUUAAUCACCAAGUUUCUUUACUGCUUGGGUGUCCAGUCCUGGUUUUGGAGGGCCGAUAUCCUGGAGAUUUUAGUUCCAACCUUUUCCUACCUGCAAGAUUCUAGUAAUCCUAAAGACCUUUAUUACUUUAGUUCAGGUGUUAAUUGAGGUUGAAGCUAAACUCUGCAGGACAGUCACCCUCCGGAAGCCCUUCAAAAUGAAUCAACUCAUCCUGUAUGUUCUGCAUCAUCUCAUCUCAUGCAGGUUUACACAUCUACAUAUGCUGGCAUUUCACAUUCUUUCCUUUUAUCUGAAGAAAAAAUGCGUGUUUAAAAAAAAAAUCAUUUGAUGUUUUUACAGCCUUUUAUAUUGCCAUUUAAUUAAAUUUUAAAUUCUCAA